AUGGCCACCUCGGGCAGCGCCCUCAAGCAGCGACAGCUGACCCAGCUGCAUUCACAGCUCGCUCAGCUUUCCAACAACCUCUCCGACACCGAGAACCUUCUCCGGAUGACCAGUGUCCAGGCGGAAUGCAUGCGAGGACUUGGUAGCUGGCACGGUGGACUCUUCAUGGCGGCGAGUAAGGUCCUGGGCGAGGAGUCUGUGAAGGAGCAGGCCCCGCAACAGGGUGGCGGGCAGAAGUGA